CGCCAAAGCACCCCAUGACGCGGCCGUGUGUAGGUCCGCCCCCGCCCUCCGUGUUUUCAAACUGAGUGGGCGGGCGUGAUUGGCUGGCGGGCGCGCCACGUGACUAACGGUCGCGGGAAAGCCGCGGAGUCCGAACAGCGCGAGGCGAGCCGUGCCCGGGGGCAGAGCCGCGCGGAGCCGCCGCCGCCGCACCCAGGGGCGUAGCGCGCCGAGGGCACGCGGGGCAGCGCAGCGCGGCGCAGCGACAGCGGGCGCGGCGCGGCCGGGUUCGGCCGUGAGAGAGGGGUUCGCGGCGAGCCGCCAUGAGCUUUCUCAGCCUGCAGCAGGCGGCGGCACCGCGGCGGGUCUCGGCCCGGCGGGUGGCCGCCCCGAUCCGGCAGAAGCUGCUGUUCGUGAGCGGGCACAGCGACGAGGAGGACGAGGACGAGGAGGAGGAAGGCGGCAGCAGCGGCAACAGCACCGGCGAGGACUCGGCCUUCCAGGAGGCGGACUCGCCGCUCUCGGCGGCUCGCACCCCGGCGCGGGGCGACCCGCCCCUGCUGGAAGAGGAGGAGGAGGAAGAGGAGGAGAUGGAGCCCGCGGCGGCGCCGCUGCCGGAGGAGGGGGACUCGUGGGAGGAGGAGGGGUUCGGCUCCUCUCCGGUGAAGUCGCCCGGAGCCUACUUCAUGGCCGGCUCCCCCUCGUCGCCGCCCUCUUACAAGGGCCGCCGCUACUGCGGCCGCUCCCCGCCGCACCCGGCUGCUAGCGGUUACCGCCUGCGGAGCGAGGAGCCCGGCUCGCCGCUGCCCGACUGCCCCGGCACGCCGCCUCACAAGACCUUCCGCAAGCUGCGCCUCUUCGACACGCCGCACACCCCCAAGAGUUUGCUCUCUAAAGCACAAGGAGUAGGCUCCAGCUCAGUCAAACUUCGAGGGGGCUCUCUAUUUAUGAAUGUUGGGAAAUCAGAGAAGCAGGAAGAAGAUAUUAGACGAACACCUCACGUGAACAUCAAUCCCUUCACUCCAGAUUCCAUGUUCCUUCACAACUCUGAAGGAAAAUGUCGUAGGAGGAAGAGAACGCACUGGAAUGACUCUUGUGGAGAGGACAUGGAAGCAAGUGAUGGAGAGCCUGAAGAUGAAACUAUCAGACCUGCUAAGAGGAUAACAAUAACAGAAAGUAAUAUGAAGUCACGGUAUGCAACUGAAUUUCAUGAGUUGGAGAAGAUUGGAUCAGGUGAAUUUGGUUCUGUAUUUAAAUGUGUGAAGAGGCUUGAUGGCUGUAUUUAUGCAAUAAAGCGAUCCAAGAAACCCUUAGCUGGCUCAGUGGAUGAGCAAAAUGCUUUAAGAGAGGUCUAUGCACAUGCAGUUCUCGGACAGCAUUCUCAUGUAGUAAGGUACUACUCUGCAUGGGCAGAAGAUGAUCAUAUGCUUAUACAGAAUGAAUAUUGCAAUGGCGGCAGUUUAGCAGAUGCUAUAAGUGAAAAUUACAGGAAUAUGCGUUAUUUUACUGAACCAGAACUGAAGGACCUGCUACUUCAGGUGGCUCGAGGCUUAAAGUACAUUCAUUCAAUGUCACUGGUGCACAUGGAUAUUAAACCUAGUAAUAUUUUCAUAUCUAGGACAUCAGUCCCAAGUACAACUUCAGAAGAAGGUGAUGAUGAUGACUGGUCAUCUGAUAGAGUCAUAUUUAAAAUAGGUGACCUUGGUCAUGUAACUCGAGUAUCUAGUCCGCAAGUGGAGGAAGGUGAUAGCCGUUUUCUUGCAAAUGAAGUCCUACAAGAGAACUACACUCAUUUGCCAAAAGCAGAUAUUUUUGCUCUUGCUCUGACUGUUGUCUGUGCUGCUGGGGCUGAACCACUUCCAACUAAUGGGGACCAAUGGCAUGAAAUUCGACAAGGAAAACUACCUAGAAUACCACAAGUGCUUUCUCAAGAAUUGCUAGACUUACUAAAAGUCAUGAUUAAUCCUGAUCCAGAGAAAAGGCCUUCAGCUGUGGCACUAGUCAAGCACUCGGUGCUUCUCUCUGCCGCAAAAAAGAGCGCAGAGCAGCUCCGAAUAGAACUGAAUGCUGAAAAAUUCAAAAACUCGCUCUUACAGAAAGAGCUGAAGAAGGCACAGAUGGCAAAGGCUGCAGCUGAGGAGCGAGCGCUGUUCACUGACAGAAUGACAACUAGAUCUACGACGCAAAAUAGACCAUCUCGACUCAUUGGAAAGAAAAUGAACCGCUCAUUGUGGAAAUAAAAUAUUGAGUCAGGAAGACACUAUGGCAAAUCCUGAUGAGAUCUGCUUCCUGCUCCUGUGUAGUGCUUGUGGUUCCCUCAUGAGAGUGGGACUGAGCUUCAGAAAUGGUACUGCAUGUUGGAAAGGUGAAGCCCCUGGAAGAUUUGAAGUAGAACCCGUGACUGUGAAGAUGAAGGACUAGAUGAAACUGUGUGAAGAAAGACCUGGGUCUGAGAGGUAGCAUAGUACCUCAACUUUUUUGAUCAGAGUACGUGACUUCUUGAAGAACUACACAGAAAGAGUACCUAAAAAUAACUGAAAGCAGAAAACAAUACUGUGAUAGUCAUGCAUACUACUGGUCCAUUAUAGCCAUGAAGGCCAACAGAUGGAGGAGGAGUAUGUCUGUAAAGGGAAGUUAGCACCUUCCAGUUGGGAACUGUAGCAUAACAUAACUAGAAAUUGUUGUUCUACUUUCAUAGAUUGUGUAUCAAACUCCCAGCAAUUUUGCCAUGAAUUCACGCAUGGUUAACCAGCUAGAAUUACUAAGGUCAUCUUAGUCUCUUGUUUUGUUUUUAAGGUAUUGAUACACAGCAUUUGUGUAUUCGGGUUUUUUUUUUUUUUUGCAGUUUCCAAGUGUCCUUUUGGCUCACUGAUUUCCUGCUUUCCCCCAGUGCCCCCCCUCUGGAUACAAGCUGUUGAUUACCACAGACUUAAUAACUUACCUUAUUUUAGUUGGGAUGGAUCUGAAUUUGUAAGAUGUAGAACCUGAAAAACUUACUGACUACUUGGCUUUUUUAUGAAGUUACAGACAAGCUUUACCUCCCAUCUAGAAAUGGAGUAUUUUGUGUGCUAAUAUGAUGCUCGACCUUCACUGUUAGAAGCCACUAUCUUGUUCUGCAGUAGUGAUUGAGCAUUCUUGCCAGCAGUAGUUCAGUGAACCAUGGAGACCGUCUGAGAGCACAGCUGCUAAGCUGACACAUACCUUCUGCUCUCAAGAAACACUGCACAGAGAAAGCAGGAAGAAGCAGCGACUGGACGGGACAGCACACAGGAAAUUAAGGUCCCGCUUCUGUUUAAACAGUUGAAAUUGGAUGAAGAUGCUGUUUUCCCAAAGUAUAAUGGGGUUUGUGGGAGGGGAACGGGAGGUUCCCUGAGGAGAGACUAUUGCUGUGCCUAAUUAAAAAGGAAGCAAUUUAUUACUGUUUAACACGUUGCUCAGAUGUCUGAGGUUGUACACACUUAAAAAUUAUAUGAGAUUCUGGAUAGUCUUGCAAAAUCUGAAGAAUUGGUUUCAAAGAUCUUCCUUUUGCCAGUCAUUUGACUCCAUUCUAAUACACAGCAUCAAUAUUUAGCAUGACAUCUGAAUAAUCGUGCUGGUCUAAACUGAUUUCUCUGUUUGACUCAGCAUGAAAGCAGAAUAACUGGCCUAAUUCUCAUUAAUGAUCUCCUAUGUAUCCCUAGGGUUACUGCCAGAUCGGUGGGCUAAUGGACAUAACUGCUGCUGUUAAUGAAUUACCAGUUAUGCACAGGAAAAGACUCUGUGUGUUCAGCAUGCAUCCCGAUGAAGAUCAUCAUCUUCAUCUAUUGAUUUACAGACGACAGAAUACACCACUAAUGAAAGUAUUUUAGGCAGGGUGUUCUGCAGGAUAGGGAUGGGGAGGACAGGAGAAAUACCUCCUAUUCCCAACCUUUAGUAGUCUCAACAACCACUGCUCUUGGGUGAUGUUCCUAUUGCUGCAGCUGUUUUCUCUUGCCUCUUUUCACUCUCAGCUACUUAGGUGUUAAGAUGUUUAGGGUAAAAUCUCCCCAUAUAUUUGUUCCAUGCCUUAGCAAAUGGGAUUUUAAUUUCCUUUUGGUCUUGUAGACACUGAGUCAAUAUUGAUUGACAGUCUUCUACACGAGCCCUGCUUAAAUAGCUUUUUCCAUUGACCAUUUCUCUCUCUAGUUUCCAUUCCAAAACAUGGUAUCAAGUGGUUACUGCAGUACACACCUCGGAUUUAAUUUCCUCUUCCUUUCUGCAGGUAAGGUAUCUGCAGUGUUCUGUUCUACAGUGAGUUCUGUAACUUAGUGAGAAAUACCUUAUCAGCUACAAGUGUAGAGUAAGAUGGGUGUUAGUAGGGAGGAACUGAAAGGUAACUUAAUGCUCUGUGUUUUACCUCUUCAUUAUGUUUCUGUUGUCAAGUUUGAAUAGAAAUGCAUGUGUUCUGCAUAUGUGUAUGAAUAGAAGAAAAUUGUAGUGAAGUAGGUGUGCUUUGUUGGAAUAACUUCAAAGAUUGCUCUAGAAGUCUUAGAAGUGAAUGGAAAAUUAACUUUUUUUUUUUGUAGGAGAGACUGAGCUGCCAUUCUGAUUCAGCAUCUAAUGCUGCUGCUUAUUUCACCUAAAAUAAUUUUCAUGCUUAAUUUCUACAUAGUUGCAGUGAGAAUGUUUGAGGCAUAUGUGUAAGGGCAGAGAUAGAACUUACUUUUAAAAGUAUUAUAAAAUA